GAAAUUAUAAUAAAGAAGAAAAGAAAAAACAAUAUAUAAUUAUAUUGAAAUAUUGUAUUAGAGAUUGUAUAGCACCAAAAGAAGCAAUUGAAUAUAUAAAUAAAAUCACUGAAUAUAGAUUAAUAUCAGAUCUAACUAUUAUACCUUUAUAUGAAUAUUCAUAUGAUAAUAAAACUAAAAUGAUAAAUAAUUUAUUUGUUAAUUUAGCUCAUCAAGAAAAGUUUGAAAUAUCAUUUAAAUAUAGAGGUAGGAAUCAAAAAGAAAAAUUUAAAGAUGGUUUAGUUAGAGAUCUAGAAAAAGGAUUUUUAUCAUUAACUCAUAUAGUUUUAGAUUUUAAUUCAUUAUAUCCAAGUCUCAUAACUCAAAAUAAUAUAUGUUUUCUUACUAAACUUUUGGAUAAUAAAGAAGAAAAGGAAUGUUAUGAGAUAUCAUUUGAAGAUAUAAAAGGAAAAACUAAAUAUGUUAGAUUUUCAAAACUAAAAAAGGAUUAA